CUCCCGCCCAUCCAUCAACACCACAGCAGCCACCAUGAAGCCGUCGUGGGGCCUUGUCCUGUCCUCGCUGUGCUGCGCAGCUUCUGCCGCAUCGAAAUCCCCCGUCGGCCAUGUCUACGCCUACGAUUCGGCCAUCAAAAGCAAAGACACCACACAGGAAUCGCUGGUUACCGCUGAGACCGCUCGUUUGAUAAUAGCACAACGGCUAGGGCUGUCAAGAUUCCACUCGUUAGACGAUGCGGAUGAAGAUGUUGUUCAACAGCUGAAUCGGUACGGAGGACGGGCAUUGAAGCUGUUCGGGGGAGAUCGAGAGAGCAACCACGCACAUGCUCUGAUAUGGCUGGACGCUGUCAUAGAUCCUCAAGACAUCAUACCUGAGUCCGAUCUGGAUGAAUACUCGCACUUCACACUCUCCAACCCUGCCUCAUCUUCAGCAAACAAAGCCCUUGUAUACGAUUUCUACAAUCAAGCUAAAUAUCUACCCAAACGCCGCGGCCCACAGUUGAUCUCUCACGAGUCUGAUGACGCCAUUUCCACCAUGCUGGAUUCCGAGAUGCCCGUAAAUCACAUUUCCAUAUCGCACAACAAGGUGCCCAAAUCGGAACCUGUUGUGAGCGCAGACUUCAUGGGCGCAAACGACUACCGCAAGGGGGUUUCACAAGUGCUCUCCGCCGCCAAACGCCUCGGCUUCUCCUUCACCGUCGUCCUGACACCACCCGGCAUCCCAAAGUCCAAGAAACACCCGUACGGCACCUACACUAUCCCCACUCAUCACCUCGAAAAACGCCGCCAGGUCCCCGAAGCUAUCCUCAGCUCCUCAGCCGCCGUUGCCUCCAACGCCGCCAACGCCAUCAACAACACCGAAACCACACCCAACCUCCCCCUCGCCAAAGAUGGCCCCCUCCUCGGCAUUCUCAAAAGCUGCUACGCCUCCCAAUCCGCCUGCGAAAGCGCCACUCGCAACUGCACUGGCCACGGGGCAUGCUAUCUCUCACGGCACGGGGAAGAGCGCUCCGGCGGUAAAGGCAAAUUCAACGACUGCUACAGCUGCGCUUGCAAAGCUACCGUUGUCGAAAGGGGCGAGGGGAAGGGCCACAAAACGACGAACUGGGGCGGGCCGGCGUGCCAGAAGAAAGAUGUAGUGGUUGAGUUUUGGCUAUUUGCUGGCGCGACAGUGAUGCUGAUGUUUCUGGUCGGCACGGGGAUUGGCAUGCUGUACAGCAUGGGCGAGGAGGAGCUACCAAGCGUGAUCGGUGCCGGGGUCAGCGGACCGACGAGGAAGUAAGAAGACGGAAAGCUGUAUAUCUAAAGUGUUCUGGAAAUUUCCUAGGUUGUAGACUCUCGAGAAUUGGGUUCUCUGUAUCUCAUCGUGUUUGAAUUGGGUUCUUAAAGCUGAGAAGCUGGCGUAAAUGAUGGUUCUCAAUGAAAGGCACUCUCGUAUCUCCUUCACACUGAUUCUUUGCGCCGUCCAGUCCCUCUAGCAGCCCUAGUCUCUCCAUCGUUUAUUCCACGCUUCCGACACGGUUGCCUUUAAUCGUGCUCAAAUCAUCAAACGAUAACAGUCGAACAACAAA